AUGAUAGCAAGGAUGGAGGGGCCAACAGGUGCAAACCACACGAACGGGACCGCCGAUACAAAAGGAACAAUGGGCAAUCCCUAUGAAACCAAUCCAAACCGAAUCCCGCGAGACGACCCUUUCCUCGCGCAGAGUGCGCAAUAUGGCCGAUACACUCCGCACCCCGACGACUUCAAUCCUCCCGACAAGCGCUGGUACCAGUCUGACCCCGAAGCAAACACCUUUUGGCAGAAAGUUGCACGAAAGUUUUGCACCCAAGAGAACUCGUUGAAUGUACCAGGGUCGAGGGAGGCAUUCGCUGCAGGCAGUGUAAUCCUCCGGGUCGACCGCGAGUCUGCCGAGGGCGCAGCUGCCGAGCGAUACUCGUGUGCGAACGCAAAUGAAUUGUCCGCAGCGCGGAAAGUCGAGGAGUCGUUGAAGGAGAUUGGGGUUGCAGUGCCGGUGAUACACUUUUGCGGGACCAUUGAAGGCAGGAAUGUGACGGUCGAGUCUCGAAUUCCCGGUGUUGCAUUAGAUGUUGCAUGGCGAUAUCUCAGUCCGGAGCAGAUUGGGAUCUUGAAGAAUCAAUGUCGUCAGAUCGUGCAGCACCUCACCACCAUCGAUCAUGCCCCCGAAGAACCUUCAUACGUGUGCCGCGGACUCAAUUCGCAAACGCCGCCCUCUACACACGACCAAGAACGGGAUAUCCUUCUUGCAGCACCGGCUUCGGAGGAAGAGUUUAGCCUCACGCACAACGAUCUCGUACCGGCCAAUAUCAUUGUGAAAGAUGGUCGCAUUGUGGGCAUUGCUGGGUGGCGACAUAGCGGGUACUUUGGCCUCGACCGGGCCAAGAAGGUGCACCGACAGUUCAGGAACUCGGAAGCUCGCGAGAAUAAGAAGAAUGCGGGUAUGACAUGGAUUGAUCUUUACGACGAUGCUUACGAUAUGAGCAAACUUCCUCGUCUCGUCCCCGUCCGUGAUAAUACCACUCCGUUUGUGAAAACAGAGCCCGAUUUGGAUACCAAAGUGGGUCUGGACGGGGCCGGAGACUAUCUGACAUCAAAAAAGCUCGCGGGUCUGAAGACAGGUCUCACCUCUCGGGCUUCUUCCACUGACCGGUCAUCUCCCGCGACCUCAGUGAAGCCGACCUCAACCAAGAAAGGAGCGUCGGCUGCUACGAAAAAGGGUACUGCGAAGAAGCCAGCUCCAAAGAAGCGCAAGAUGAACGACGCAGAUGCCGACAGCAUGGAUGGGCACCGAUCAAAUACUCCAGCUUCUCGCGCCAGCAAGGGCCCCGGGAAAAAACAGGACUCUGUAUCUAUUGCCGGAUCUCCAGCACCUGAUGACACGAAGCGUCGUGGCAAGGAGCAACCGGGUGAUGAUGAGGACGAGGACGUCGAAGAUGAAAACGAACUCUUUUGUAUUUGCCGUCGACCUGACAAUCACACAUGGAUGAUUGGGUGCGAUGGGGAAUGCGGAGACUGGUUCCAUGGCAAGUGUGUUAAUAUCGAUCCACGAGAUGCGGACUUGAUCGAUAAGUACAUAUGUCCGAACUGCAGUAAGCGCGACAACGGCUUCACAACAUGGAAACCAAUGUGCCGCCUCCCCGACUGCCGCAAACCGGCUCGCGUUACCAGCAAGAACCAAAGCAAAUAUUGCUCCGACGAGCACGGCCGCGAAUUCAUGCUUCGCCAAAUCCGCAAAUCCAAGCCAGGACCUGCUCGAAAGGGUCAAGAAGACCUGGGCAGCAUGGGCGGUAUCCUUACCCUGGGAGAUCUCAAAGCUGCGAUCAUGAGAGUAAGCUCGGUGGAAGAGUUCCGCAAACUCGGCAACCAGAUUAUUUCUACACCCCCUGAAAGCGUCCGCAGCAGCCUGGCUCCUGACGUCAAGAAUGAGACCAAAACACCGGACACUGAUAAGCUGUUUGAUGUUCAUGCUAGUGGCGUGGAAUAUUCCGCCGACGAGGCGGCGAAGAUUGAGAAGCUCCGGCAGCGCCGCGAUGACCUCCUUCGCCGAAAGGAAAUGCUCGCCGCUCGUUCAACCUUUGUCGGACUCGUGCGCCAGCGAUCCAAAGCCGUCGUGGAAAAGCUCAAGCAGAAUGAGCCGAAGGGUGGAUGGAAAGAUAUCUGUGGUUUCGAUUCGCGUCUUGCCUGGGCUGACGAGGAAUUCGACGAGUGGCGUAUCUCUGACGCUGGGGAGAGGGCUCUUGAGGAGGGCACUCCCAAUGCCAUGGCAGCCAGCUACCCUACUACUACAGACGCGGAUGGUGACGUCGCGAUGGACGGUGGUGAAAAAGAGGAUGUAAUGGCUUUGCUUACUCGUGGUAUUUGUAUCAAGAAACGCUGCGAGAGACACAAGCAGUGGGUGAAGGUGCAGCAGCAGGACAUUGUCUUUGAAGAGAACGCGGCAGAGCAGGACCUGAAGAAGUUGGAGCAAGAGGCACGUUCUGUUGCGGAGCGCGCUGUGCUUAGAAAAUGGGCAGAGAAGGAGAAUGUCCCUUCCCUUGCCUAG